AGCGCGUUCAGCGUCCAGACCUCCGGGUCCGAGGACAAAAGGCCGGGCCCGGGUGCCGGCGAUUAUGUUGCCGGCGGCUAAGCGCGCCGUCCCCAACAGCACCGAACUCCCGCGUAGGAGCGCUCCCUCCCCUCUCCUUCACGAGGCCCCGUCGCACCGAUAACUCAGCGGAGGCCCGUACCGGCCAGUGUCCCGUUAAGAGCACGCAUCCACUCCGCCCAUUCACCGAGGCCAGGGUGCGGAGGGCCCCGCGCGGGCCCUAGGAGCACGGCGGGAGCGCGCGAGCGGAGACCUCGGAGCGCCGUCCCGCGGAACCGCCCCAGCACGGAAGUCCCGGGCCAGCAGCAGCCGGCGCCGAGGCGCAGGCGACGCCAGCAGGCGCUGCAACAUCAGCAGCACCCGCCGCACCAGCAGAUCAUGUCGACGGGGAAGCGGCUCGCGAAGCGCAGCAUCAUCGGGACGCGCGUCUGCGCGCCCGGCGACGACGGCAAGUACUACUGCGGGGUCAUAAGCGCGGUCAACACGCCGGCGUCGCCCCAGCAGCCGGAGCUCGCGGGCCUCAGCAUAACGCCCAAUACGCGAUACUCGGUGAGAUUCGACCCGGUGCCCCAGGGCUCCAAGACCCCCGACUCCAAGAACGAGUACUCGGACCGGGAUCUUAUAGGACCGGGAUUCGGCAGCGUCACCGGGGCCAGGCUCGUCGCCGGCCAGAGGGUCUACCUCACCUACAACGGCCGGGAGAUCCAGGCUGAGGUCACCCAGCACAGGGAGCACCUCGACGAGGUGGACGUGCGCAUCGCCCCCUCCGGACAAGAGGGUACGAUGAGCCUGACGAAGCGCAUCGACGAGGUGAGGCUACUGGAGUCGCGUAAGAGCGCGCGACUCGCGGAUUCCGACACGGACUUUGCCAGACUAGCGGACAUGGGCAGCGACAGGAAGCGUGCUUCCUCGCACUCCAUCGACGUGCCACAAGUCAUCGGGUCUCGGAAACGAAGGCCCAGCUCGAGCAAUGACUCCGAGCGCUCGAAUGGUGCUUGGAACGAGAGGACAAACCAGCCGGGCCAGCGCGAAAGUUACAUGGACGAGUGCUCGGCCGCCAUGGUUCUCAUGUCACUCUCGACACCCCCGAAGAAUCCACUACCGAUUCAUUGCCAGCAACUCUACGGUUCUUGGGACGACCAGGUGAGCAGCGUCAGCAAUAGGGUGGUCGUAGGCUCGCCCGGUAUCGGCGGCACCUCCAACAGCAGCAGUAGCAGCGCGUCUUGGCGUAGCGGCACCCCGAGUCCGCCACUGAGCGACGAGGGGGCGCUGAGCAGCACAGGCCUUUGGCCGAGCAACAACUCCUCGACCACGGUACAUCCGGCGCACAAUCAGCGGUACUAUCAGUAUCAUCACGCACAGGGAUCCUCAUCCAGCAGCCCCAACUUCACUACCUACGACGAGGGUAUCGUCCCAGACCUCGAUCUCGAGCGACCUCGCAAGAAAAAGAUCCGAUGUAAAGUGGAAAAUGACGACUACAUCCGAAGCAGUCCCAACACCGGUUCGAGCUCUGAUAACGAAGUCAAACCUAUGACCAUUUACAAGUGCACCUGGCGCGACGAAGGUAACCGAAGUGUCAGAUGCGGUGAAGUGGGUAACACCUGGGAGGUCGUUGCAGAACACGUACUUCGAACACAUUUAAAUGGAAAGAAGACGCAUGAAAACGAAGAAGACUUUUACAUCGUGGACGAACAGCUCGAGCCUGCUUGCUCGCCACCUACCAAAUCACACUGGGACAUGGUCAGGCCUAGAAGCGAAGACCCUGAAUAUCAGAAACAACUUCGUCUCGCUGCUUCACCUGCGCAAAACAACUCUCAAAUCGCUGCUACUGUUAACACACAGGACAUUAUUAUACGCGAUGUCUUCGCCAUGGCUUCACCACAGAGCACGCCAAGCAAGCAGUUCAAGCCAUCGCCGAGGCCGCUCCAGGCCUACAAUGCACCCAACAUAAGCGUGGUGACGGUCUCCCUGGGGAAGAUGCCCCACUCACCGCGUCGCGUGCGCGGCGAGACGAAGAAGUGCCGGAAGGUCUACGGCAUGGAGCACAAAGACCUCUGGUGCACGCAGUGCAAGUGGAAGAAAGCCUGUACGCGUUUCAGCGACUAGGUCGGGGCGCGCGGACAAUCGCUCGCCGACGUCCGACAAUUACGACUCACCGAUUACGAUGCAGUGAUGCAACAAAGCGACACGCGGACGAGCCACGUCACAAGUCGCGAGAUCGCCGAUCGCUAACUGCCGACCUGAUACCGCCUCGAUUAAUCAAUGCACAAAUUUUAAUUACUCAUUAUUAAUAUUAUUAUUUGAUUGGAGAAGCGAGGGUAAUUUAUAUCGAUCACGUCGAUGCGCCGCGUAUGUAUCCGCUUGGAGA